GAGUGAAUGUAAACAGAAAAGUUAAGAUUGAGAAGAAGUGGCAAUAGACGGAUCUCCCGAUGUAGUGUCGCUGAAUUAGUUGGUCGUAGUCAUUUUAAAAACGAUUUAAUCUAUUUUGACAUAUUAAGUGAUACACUUAUUGAUUCGACGAUUUACGUGUGUGGACAACAGCCAACAGAUAUGGAUAUUUUGCGAGCUAGCUGCUAGCUGACGUUAGCUAAACAGCUAAUCUUGCUGCGCUAACAAUUUAGCGAAACUAGCAACCAGCACCAAUGCCGCACGAGGGAGAACGGGUUCUUCCCCUGGUUCGCUCCCUGAACAGUCGAAUACCCGUUAAUGUGGUGUUUUGUAACCGCAGUCCCCGUGUCGUACGGCCGCUAUGGAUAGAUUUCCUCGGGGAACCCCAGGCUUACUGCGACAUCCAGCCAGGGACGGGACUAGGAAUGAAUACCUUCAUCGGUCACCCAUGGAUGUUCAGAGACGCAGAGACUGAUGAGCCCUUGAGGGUGAACUGCAAAGAACUGUUUCUUCCCAAACCAGCAGAGGGUGGAAAUGCUACGUUUGCUAAUAUCACUUUACCAGCUUACAGCCUCAAGGAUCGUGCUCUUCAGGUUAUUCGGCGUCUGGUACGACCAGAAGACUACAGGAGGUUGGAAAUAGCGCGGUGCCUCCACGAGGAGCUGGAAGAUCAGCCCAGUGUAUUGAAAGAUCUCCACCGCAUGAACCAGCGAGUAGAGCAGCAUUUGCUCGAGGGGAUCCAAGGCCAGGAGGAAUGAAGCAUGAAACUGGAUGGAUAACGGUUACUUGUGGACAGCAGCAUUGUACUCCAUACGAUCAGAAAGCAAAGAAGCCAGAAUUGCUCAUAUAUAAAAUAAAACAAUGGGAAUUAUCAGUGAGGGAGCAGCUCUGUCCUGAAAAUGUCCUCAUUUUAAAGGACAGACAAUACAACUUCAUCUUCAAUCAAAUAGUAUUGUUUGUCCUCUAAGAAGUCUUUUAUGGAUUUCAGUGUGCAUUCCUGGAAGGCCACUAGAGCCUUUCAUGCAAGUCUGAUCUUACUUUCUACUUUAGUUUUGCCAUAUGUUGUAUGCCACAUGUUCUGUCAAAAGUACACACCCCCCCCCCAAAAAAAAUCCCUUUUGAUCAUUUGCACAAGAGAGAAAACUUAGAAUAAAGUUUUUGUCAUGGAUACAGUGUUAUAACUGAUCUUCUGCCCUAAACAUCACCAUUUACAAAGGCCAAACAAAGGUAAAUAAAGCAUAUGUAGCCACAUAAGAUAGGACUUUCAGGGAGCUACAUGUUGUUAGUAUUCAUAUUGAGAAUGCCAGAGAUAAGAUAAUAUGAACUAAUCCAGUUUAUCCCCUCAAAAAAACAAAUUACUUUGAUGUUAACAACUCAGCAGUUGAAUUGUUCAGCAAUCAUAAGCGAGCUUUUCCCUUGGCACUUUCAAUCUUGAAAAGUUUUUUUAAAAGUUGGCCUAUUCUUGUAAAUGUAGACUUUUUUCAGAAAUAUACUGUACCUACCACCAUAAAUGGGCAGAAUCUCUUCUACUAUUUUGUCUUGCAGGUCAUUUCCUAUAGUGAAAACUUAAUAAGUAACCUUGCGUUGACAGUUUUAAAGAUGAGGCUGUGAAACACUGUGACUGAGGAGUGAAUGCUUUUUAUGUUUUUGCCUACUUUGUUAAUUGUUUGCGUCUUUUCUUCUUUCCUGUUUGAAAUUCAUACAUUGCCACUGUAUCUCAAAGACAAUUUGUGUUAUAAAUAAAAAUAUAUUUCUUACUGAAAGGUA